CUGUUCUCAUCACCUAAACUGAUGCUUCCCCAUUCUAUCUCACAUCGUGUCGGCAAUUUUUAACGAACAGCCUGUUCACAAUUCUAUGACUGUAACCAAGCCCUCUUACCUACGAUAGAGUCUUCAAUCUAUUUGGAGCACCAUAGCAUGUUUGAGGAUCACGAAAACUGAGAAAUCUGAAUCUGAAGAGGAAAUUAAGGGUAGAAUAGAGGCUGAGUAUCCACACGCAAAGGAAUCAAGGAAAGAAUCGACCAACAAGCUCGUUCAGAAGCUUGGAAAUUGCUGUCAUGGAUACCUUUGCCAGCUUUACCGGCUGAAUCGUUGAACAAAGGUUCCUUUUGCUAACUUCCUUCCUACUUCCCUCCAUUCUUCUCCUGACAUGCAGGUUGCUUCUGAAACCGUGUGACCGUGAAGCUUCGGCGAUUCGUGCAACUAUCCUUGAGUUAUGUGUCAGAAGUAAUGUAGGACUUCAGAGGAGAGAGAGAUGGGGUGGGAGAGGCGGUGUCGGGGGUAGCACACGGUGAGACUGCGAGAAACAAAAAGGUCGUGAACUGUCGGCAAAAUUGGGGUUUUAAUUUGGAAGAUGUGGCGGCAUCUCUUCAAUUUGAGAAAUUUGGAGUUGUGGAGUGCAGGGAUCAGAACCACUUUUUUAUGUAACGUUACUGAACGCAAUGCCUACUUUAGGAGAAAAUCAACAUGUAGUUGGAUAUUUAAGUCUGUUCUAGUCUUGAGAGGAGUGACGAGGGUUACGUUUUAGAAGGGUUGAUUUGGGACCAUGCGGAAAUUUUGAUCUGCAGUGGCUGAUCCCGUGGAGCACUGAGUAGGAAGAUAGGCGUCAUGUCAAUUAAUGAUCCAAUGGAUUCAGGCGCAAAGUCAGUGGCUAGCUCUGCGCCACAACAGAUGCGGGGAGUCGUCAUAAUCUCUUUGCCGGGGAUUGACGGCGAAGGUGGGAAAACAAUGUGCGCUGCUAUGUGGCAAGAAGAGCAACAGCAUGUGCGGCAAUUUGUGCAGGAGCCGGUGCGACAACAGCUGCAACCUACACCUCCACCCCCAUCAGCCCCAGUUCCCUCACGGCAGAGGCGUGGAUGGAAGAUACUGAGGAAGAUGGUGCUUUUUAAAUUGAUGUUCCUGGUAGCCCUGUUUCUAGCAUAUAAGCUGCCAAGCCUUUACUUUUCAGAGAUGGAGCUGGAGGAGCAAGACGAGGAGAAGAAUGUACAUGUGUACACUCUGCACCCUAAGUAUACAGCAACCCCUAUUAAGUUGGCUCAAAUUCGAAGGAAUCUUUUGGAGCGCGAUAUGAAGAGGCUCGGCAAGGUUGCUACGCCUGAAAAUGCUGACAAGAAUGCCACUGUCUUCUCUCAGCUGCGAGGAAACAUUUAUCCUGACGGUCUGUAUUACAUGGCAAUGCUCAUAGGCGCUCCUGCCAAGUUGUACUAUCUAGAUAUGGAUACAGGCAGCGACCUUACAUGGUUGCAAUGCGACGCACCUUGCCGGAGUUGUGCUUCGGGACCGCAUGGCUUGUAUGAUCCUAAGAAAGCCCGAUUAGUCGAUUGUCGCGUUCCUCUCUGUGCUUUAGUUCAACAAGGAGGUUCGUAUGCCUGCGGAGGACCUGUUCGUCAAUGCGAUUAUGAUGUUGAAUAUGCGGAUGGCAGCUCCACGAUGGGAGUCUUGAUGGAAGAUACUAUCACUCUUCUUCUUACCAAUGGUACUCGAAGUAAAACCACGGCCAUCAUUGGGUGUGGAUACGAUCAGCAGGGUACUUUGGCACAAACUCCAGCAAGCACGGAUGGUGUAAUGGGUUUGAGUAGCGCCAAGAUAUCUCUUCCCUCUCAGCUAGCGAAGAAGGGCAUUGUGAGGAAUGUCAUAGGUCAUUGUCUGGCUGGCGGAAGUAAUGGCGGUGGUUAUUUAUUCUUUGGGGAUUCGUUGGUACCGGCUUUGGGCAUGACAUGGACCCCCAUAAUGGGCAAGUCUAUUGUGGAUGGUUACCAGACACGUCUGCAGAGCAUUAGGUAUGGAGGAGAUGAGCUAAAAAUUGUGAAAAAGACGGGGAAUAUUGGUGGCAAGUCGGGGGAUGCUGAUGACAAGACGGGGGACAUUGGUGGCGUGAUGUUUGAUAGCGGGACAUCUUUUACGUAUCUUGUACCAGAAGCAUAUAAUGCAGUUCUUUCUGCUAUGGAAAUGCAGGUAGAGAAGAGUGGACUUGUGAGGAUCAAGACCGACAACACCUUGCCUUUCUGUUGGCGUGGUCCUUCCCCUUUCGAAUCUGUGGCAGAUGUGCAACGGUAUUUCAAGACGGUAACCUUAGACUUCGGUAAACGCAACUGGUAUUCAGCAAGCAGGGUAUUAGAACUUUCUCCUGAGGGUUAUCUCAUUGUUUCGACCCAAGGCAACGUGUGCCUCGGCAUUCUCGAUGCAAGUGGUGCUAGUUUGGAGGUUACAAAUAUUAUCGGUGAUGUGUCAAUGCGGGGCUACCUUGUUGUAUAUGAUAACGCUCGAAAUCAGAUAGGAUGGGUUCGGAGAAACUGCCACAACAGACCAACUAAGCCCACAUCACAGUUGCUGUCAAAACUUGCCCACUUGUUCGAUUAAAUUGCAUUAAGCUCACAAGUAAGAGAUAUCGCUUGGACGAAUUAUAAUUUUACAUUGGUGGGUAGACUCAUUCUCUCAUUCACGAGUGAGCCGUGUUUCUUCUUGUUUGGAUCGUCCAAACAAGCCGUGACGAUUACAGGUUUUGGAUUGGGUUUUUCUAACACACUUUAGUGUGGUAAAUAGUUUGAUUGCAACUGUAGAGCCUCAUGUACAGAUGAAAUGACCUCAAGUUGCUUAUUUUGAGUCUGUUGAAGGUUAGUUACGUUUGAAUAGUAUGGCUAGGCAUCCAGCUAUUUCAUCAACACUUGAUUUUAGAGACUACCAUGCCCAGGUGUAAGAAUAUCAUACUUCCACAUAUGGUUUAUUAGCAUGCUUCUCGUUUACAGUAUGGGUUUGAUCCAAAGGCUUAAAACCAAUAUAUCCCUCUCUUGCCAGCGGCUUGUUACACUCAA